UAGUGUGAUUGAGUUCAUACAUAACAAGUCAAUAAAUACUCUUCCUUAAAUACCUCAAUACUUCAUCACACCAAAUCACCCCUUUAAUCAAAUUUAAUUCUUUAAUCUCUCUUUGUUGUGCUUCCAUGGCGGAGGUUGAGGAAAGAAACAUAUCGGGGAUCAAGUUGUUCGGAACAACGAUCCCGAUCAUUAAGGAGCGAUCAGAAGCGGGCGAUUGUGAUCGUGAAUCAUGGAAAGCGGAAGAUCGGGCGGCUGAGAAGAGGCCGGACAAGAUCAUCCCGUGUCCGAGGUGCAAAAGCACGGAGACCAAGUUUUGUUACUUCAACAACUACAAUGUUAAUCAGCCCCGACACUUUUGUCGGGGCUGCCAGAGGUACUGGACGGCCGGAGGGGCCCUCCGGAACGUCCCCAUCGGAGCCGGCCGCCGCAAAAAUAAGCCGGCCACGUCGGAGGGGUGCUUCUUUAAUGAUGCGCCGCGGAUGGAGGUGGAGGAGUGGCGGGCGGCGGAGCAUGGCGGUUUUGAGGCGGCGAAGAGGAGGAGAUGCGAUCUCAAUAGUCAGAGUUGCUGAGAUAUCCGAUUCUUUGUCGUGUAGUUUAAGGAUUAAUUUAAUUGUGGAAAAUAGAGAAUAGGAUAUGAUCGUUUUUCUACGUUUCUUGUUGUACAUAUGCACCUUGUACUAGUUGGUGAUUUUAAAUUUUUGUAUAUGAUUAUACCGUUGAAAAUACAAGUAAGACGCGUAGACUAAGAAGCUAGUUUAUGUGUAGAAAUGUGUGGUAAUGAAUUGGUCUAACAAGUUAAUAUAUGGUUUAUUGAAAAAUGGAGCAAUAUGAAAUUAGCCUCGUGAUUUUGCGAGUAUAAUAUAAUUAAUUAAAUUCAAUCAUUUUGUUGUGACACUAUUGUUUUUGUAAGUAAAUUUCUCAU